AUGGAGACUGGGAACCACACAAUGGUGACAGAGUUUGUUAUUUUGGGGUUAACAGAGGAUGUUACACUUUGUUCCAUCCUCUUUGUGGUUCUUCUAGGAAUUGUUACUACCAUGCUGGGAAACAUAAGCAUAAUCAUAUUAAUCCAAAGAAGCUCUCAGCUUCACACCCCAAUGUACCUCUUUCUCAGCCAUUUGGCCUUUGUGGACAUUGGAUAUUCCACAUCUGUCACACCUGUCAUGAUUGUGAGCUUUCUAAGGGAGAGAACUACCAUCCCUGUUGGUGGCUGCAUAGCUCAGCUUGUUUCUGAUGCUGUGUUUGGAACAGCUGAGUGCUUCCUACUGGCUGUCAUGGCUUAUGAUCGCUAUGUGGCCAUCUGCUCCCCUCUGCUCUACUCCACCCACAUGUCCCCCAGGGUCUGCAUCAUCUUACUGUUUGUUUCCUACUUGGGUGGGUGCCUGAAUGCUUCAUCACUUACUAGCUGUUUAUUAAGUCUCACUUUUUGUGGACCAAAUAAAAUCAACCAUUUCUUCUGUGACCUGCCCCCACUCAUAAAGCUUUCUUGUACCCAUAUUUAUAUUGCUGAAAUAUCUCCUGUCAUCUCAGCUACAUUAGUCAUUGUAAUCACGCUAUUCACCAUCAUUGUUUCAUAUGUCUACAUCCUCCACUCCAUACUGAAGAUGCACUCUACUGAGGGAAGGCACAAGGCCUUCUCCACCUGCACUUCCCACCUCAUUGCAGUCACUUUGUUUUAUGGGACAGUUACAUUUGUUUAUGUCAUACCAAAGUCGAGCCAUUCACCUGACUAUAUUAAGGUGAUAUCUGUGAUCUACACUGUGGUGAUCCCUAUGUUGAACCCCAUGAUCUACAGUCUGAGGAACAAGGAUGUAAAAGAGGCCAUGAAGAAAUUGAUGGCGAGAACAUAUUCCUCAUUUUGA